CACGCGGUGCUCUCCAAACUCAUUGCUGGCAAUACAACUUUCUAAGUAAUCGGAGAACAUUCUUCAUCACUACAUCUCAUCGUCUACAGCGUUUCAUUUUACGUAGCCUAGCCUACAAUAUCAUGAAGUAUCUUUCCAAGAACCAAAACACGUUCAAGGUAAACAACUAACGCGGUCAACCCGUGGGAAAGGAAUUUAGCAUAGUGUCUCUUGGUAAAUGUAGUUCUUUUGGUCUUACCAACGUUCUCGCAACAUUAUUGUGACGUUGCUGCAACGUAAUUUUGUGCGCUAGCCGUGGACUGUUCGACAACCACUUCCGUGUUUUCCACUCAGAACGUCCCUUUUGCGUUUACCUAGAAAGAUAGAAAUACAUUGUAGAAAGGUUUUUGUUGGUUAAAACUAACGUUAAGGAGAUCGACAGCUUCCUACAUUUCAUGGAGCAUAAUAAUGGAGACACUUCUAGCUGGGCAAUGCAGCAACGAGUGGAAGGUUUGGUUAACAAACACAUGGCAGACAUAGCACUAGAAACACUCCAGCAGAGACUAUCAGCUGUGACCGACGAAAUGAAUAAUCUUGCGGAACAUGUUUCAAAACGCUCGGAGGAUAUUGCUAAAGAUGAUAUUCCAAGACGCACCGAUGUCAACUUUAACGUUGAGUCGCUCAGUGCCACGUUUAGCACGGGUGCUGUUGGUGAAAAGUUUUUGAUGCCAACAACCUCAUCACCAGCAGAGACGGCUGCACAGCGUAAAAUAAUCUCCCUGCUGAUGGAGAUCAAGGAGGAGCAGCAGAGACAAUGGGCUGUGUUGAGGGAGCUGCAGGCCAGAGUUCAGAGCCAGAGCUUUCCAGAGGUAGAGGAAGAGGUGGAGGCUCUUGACAUCGACAUCCCCCUGAGGACCAUGGAGCAGCUUGACGACACUGAGAGGCACCUGGAGGAUUCUGGAGCACAGAGGAGAAUGGUGUCUCAUCUGUCGCGAAUGGGCGGGGCUACGGUGGAUGAUGCAGUACGAAGGCUCAUGCAGGCGGUGCUAUCUUUUGCUGUGGGCUCCGAACUCAACUGGGUGGGCCGUGGCCAGAAAAGGAGCUUCAGAAACACCCGCCUCCAAGGAGUUCUCUUCCGUGCUCUGAAAAGAACCCCAGUAGGCAAAGAGGCCACACAUCAUCAGUUUGCAGAUGUGGUAAAGAAAUGGCUGCGGUUCGCCCCCUUCAGACAGGGAGGGAGUGGUCGACGGCAUUACAAACCACCUGAGUUCAUGUGUCCAAAGGAAUGUGUAGGUCUGCCUGCACAUCCGGAGUAACCCACAAUCAUCCUAUUUAAAUAUUGUAAAUUCCACUGUCCACAUGUCAGUAUUUUUCUAAGUUUGUAACAUUGCGUAAAAAAAGGAGAAAUGUCAUUAAAAUGUGAAAACAUGCAGGAGGGCCCAUGUUACUUCUUGGAAGGGCCUGGGAUUUACUUGAGUAGCUUAGACCCCUGCAGAAAUAUGUAAAACAUUUGCACUCAAAGUAUAGACCUCACACAGUUCUCAAGAGUCUGCCUUCAACGUCUAGACUACUGUAAAGACCCCAUUAACUCAUUAACAUCACACAUAUGCCUGUGGUGGUGGUAGGGGGUAGGUUAUCACGGACCAGUGUAAUACCUGUGUAAUUCAUUCAAAGCAAAAAAAAUUCCCUUUUGAUAAGUUCAAAUUAAUGCUUUGAAAAUAUUGAUUAGAAAGCUUGCCUUCAGUCUUUGACCAUGGUAAUGAAUAUUAGCAAACAUGGAUAAGUAUAUACUGGAUGUUAAUUGACCUCUAUAGCUAAAGAUAUUCUAUAGACAUUACAGUUAAUAGAAGGGCUAUGGUAUUUUCAUCUUCAUGAAAUCGGAUGCUUCCUGGUAUUUCAAAUUACUUUUGUGCAAAGUGUUUUUCAUAAUUGGCUCAUUCAAAGGAUUUGGAGUGAAUGUUACAGAAGAAAGUUACUGUGUUAAAAGCUAAACUGUCAAUAAAAUGUUAUUACUUGUAACAGCCAUUAUACAUUGUAAAUGUUAAUAAAUACAUAUUUGAAAAUA